AUGACAUCCGCAGCGCCUGCCUCAACUACUGCCGUUCCCACCUCGGCCCCUAUUCCCAUCCCCACUCACCAGCCAAGCGUCUCGGUUGGCCAGGCCACUGCUCCCGUGUCGCCAUCAGCAGCAGGAGUUCCGCCGAGCAAAUCAUGGCAUGAUCCUACAUCGUUACCACCGCCACCACCAUUGUCAUCAUCCGCCCAAGCUAGUCAGCCAUUGCCAGCGUCACCAGCGACGGAGCCAACACAGUCCCCAGCUGCGCAUUCACAACGCUCAUCCAUGCCAUCAGCGGGUGGUCUGGCUCCCUCCGCACAAACUGCACCGAAGCAGACAAUCGUGACGCCACCCGCGCCCUCGUCCGUGCCGCCAUCAUCAAUGGCAUCCUCCAUUGCGACGGCGGCGCCACCCGGUGCCUUGGAGUUCCCUGCGUCCGCACAGCACAAUGUAUCGUUGGACGACUUCAACUUCCUGGCUGUUCUGGGCAAAGGCAAUUUCGGCAAGGUCAUGCUUGCUGAGGAGAAGCGCACCGGUGCUUUGUAUGCGAUCAAGGUGCUGAAGAAGGAGUUCAUCAUCGAGAAUGACGAAAUCGAUAGCACGCGCUCCGAGAAGCGAGUGUUCCUGACCGUGGCGCGUGAACAGCAUCCAUUUCUUCUCAACCUGCACUCUUGCUUUCAGACAGAGACUCGUGUGUACUUUGUGAUGGAGUAUGUGAGUGGUGGCGACUUGAUGCUCCAUAUCCAGCGCGAGCAGUUUAAUUUGCAUCGGGCAAAAUUCUAUGCGGCGGAAGUGCUGCUAGCGCUCCAGUACUUCCACAAACACGGCAUCAUAUACCGUGAUCUUAAGCUCGAUAAUAUCAUGCUAACGCUGGACGGACAUAUCAAGAUUGCUGACUAUGGUUUGUGUAAGGAAAACAUGUGGUACGGCAACACAACCUCAACCUUCUGUGGCACGCCCGAGUUUAUGGCUCCAGAGAUCCUGCUUGAGCAGCGGUACGGACGCGCUGUGGACUGGUGGGCAUUUGGCAUAUUGCUAUACGAAAUGCUCUUGGGCCAGGCGCCCUUCCGCGGCGACGACGAGGACGAGAUCUUCGACGCCAUCUUGGAAGACGAGCCUUUGUAUCCAAUUCAGAUGCCUCGCGACUCCGUUUCUCUAUUGCAACGCCUACUUACGCGUGAUCCCGCUCGUCGUCUUGGCGCUGGGCCCAACGAUGCCGAAGAUGUGAAGGCGCAUCCAUUCUUCCGCGACAUUAAUUGGGAUGCCCUCAUCCAAAAACGCAUCACUCCGCCUUUCUGUCCGACGCUGCGCCAUGCGAGCGACACCGAGUGGUUCGAUACUGAGGUUCGUACAGACGCGUAA